AUGGGGCAGAUCUCAGGACUGGUGCCUUCUCGCUUCCUGACGCUCUUAGCACAUCUGGUGAUCGUUAUCACUUUGUUCUGGUCGCGGGACAGCAACAUCCAGGCCUGCCUGCCCCUCACCUUCACCCCCGAGGAGUACGAGAAGCAGGAUAUCCAGCUGGUGGCAGCGCUCUCUGUCACCCUGGGCCUCUUUGCAGUGGAGUUAGCUGGCUUCUUCUCAGGAGUUUCCAUGUUCAACAGCACCCAGAGCCUCAUCUCCAUUGGGGCACACUGCAGUGCAUCGGUGGCCCUGUCCUUCUUCAUAUUUGAGCGCCGGGAGUGUACCACGUACGGGUAUAUUUUUGUCUUCUGCAGCGCGCUCCCAGCCAUGACUGAAAUGGCAUUAUUCAUCGCUGUCUUUGGACUGAAAAAGAAGCCUUGGUGA